AUGGCUGCUCUCCCAGAGGCGAACGAAGCUGCUCUUCUGGCUGCUGAAGUGCCACACGACGUGUGCGUAGCUUUGGACAAUGACGGCUGGACAAUUUCUUCGUUUCGCAGUGUAGUUACUUCCUUGGAGAAGUUUGAUGAGGUUCUUCCUGAACUCUUGCCGGAUUGUGAGCUUAGUCUUCUCCAGAAAUCUCAGCUACGUGCGGCGUGGCGCUCUCUUCAGGGCCCCGAUGAGGCAAUGCCUGCCACAUCCAGCAAGUCCUUAGUUCCAGCUCUGGAAGCAUCAGGUUCAUGGUCUGAGACCUUCGCGCCUCGCUUGGAUGCAUCUAAGGUGUCAACACUCAAGAAGGCCUUCUUGAAGAACUAUCCCUCGGAAAUCCUCACUUCAGCAACCUGCCCCAGUUUGCGUCUUCUCUCUACAGCAGUCCAUCAAGAGGCUCGUAAAGACCUUAAAUGGAUUCCAUGGAAGUUUCGGAGGACUCAGUUGGCCUCCGAUGAAGCUGUCAUGAGCCGUCCCAACAAACAUGCUCGUCUUGAAACCUUGAACCUCACCUCACUCUUGAUGGAUGAUCCCCCAACCAUGGAGAUUGGUAAUGACGUCAUGGGGAUUCCUACAAUCCAGCGCAUCAUGUCAGUCCAUGACACGGCAUUGGUCAUGUCCGGUACGGCCCAUCUAGCACGACUGCGCGGCAAAGAUCGCGUCCUCUGGACAAACAUCUUUGGUCUGGUUCUCGAAAAGGAUUGGAUCACAAUGCUGCUAGCCAUCAAGCCACUCCGCACUGAUCUUCAGCACGUGAUUCUUCCCUGGCCGUUCAGCUUCCCGAGGUUCCCCAGCAUGCAAGUCAUCCGCUUGAUGACUCCUCUUUGCCUGCGUAUGCGGGACCUUGCCAAUCAGAGGGACUCUCCGAAUUUAGCAGCGGGUCUGGGUGCCUACUCAGGUGGCGAGCUAUGGAUUCAAGGCAUUCGCUUCAUGCGUCUCCCAUUUGGUGAGUGGCUCUUCGGCUACUCUGUCUUUGCAAAGCGCCGCUCAACUAGUGCCAAGCAAAAGCUUUUUGACUUCCUUGGUCCCCUGCGAUCUGUCCUUCUGGACUUUUGCAUGAAGCACAAAGCACCGCAACGUCUGCUGGCUCGCGGCAGCAUGCCUUCCUCGGAACCCUUGUUCACAGAAAGCGAGGUCUCUCAGGCAAGAUCUUUGCUCUUCCCCUCGCUCGGCUUCCGCGAACCUGCGGAAGCUUGGGCUGUUCGCGAGGAUCAACCCUUCUUUCUCAAUGCGCUGCACCGGGUAGCAAAUUUCAAUGCGCUGCACUGGGUAGCAAAUUUCUGCGAGGAUGCUGACAUCCACUUAUUCCCCUAUCUGAAACAGGGGAUUUGCGCCGGGUUCCUCAACGAUAUUCCGCCAUCUCACUGCUUUCGGCAUAAUUCUAAUGACCCGCUGGAGGACGCGCCGCUCUCCUUGCAUUUUCAGAACUGGCGGUCUGCUCAUGUUGAUGAGGCAGUUACUGCAAAUCUGCUCCAGGAAGAGCUGGAUCGCUACCCUGGCACCGUCGAGGAUGCUCGCUCGGAGUGGCCGACUGGCCUGGCCUUGGGGAAACUUGGGGUAGUUCGGGCUCCAGGCCGCAAAGAGCGACUCGUCCUGGACAACUCCAUAUGCGGCGCAAACGCCAACUGCGUUGUCCCUGAGCGUCAGCUCAUGCCAUCGGAAGACAAGCGACUUCGGCUUCUAGGCAUGGUCCAGUCUCUUUUACGCACACCGCGCACGACUCGCAAGGACUUGGAGCGUUUCAUUGGUUUGGCCGUGUGGGCUUGCAAUCUCUUUCCUGUCAUGCGUUCCAUGCUGCGCACAUUUUAUCACGACUUGUAUUCUUCUGCCGCCACUAACUACAGCAUUGACCCCGCAACAUGGCCUGCCAUUUCCAGGUAUCUGGAUGCUUCCUUGCACUUCGUCUCGCAGCCUCCAAACACAGCCAUCCCUGUCGGGGGGAGGCUGCUGGCCGCCCGUCAUCAAAACAUCUCCUGCUUGGCGGACUUGGCCAAAGUCCGCCUUACCGAACGGCGACUCUGGCUGCGGGGUUCAAAUGCCGCCAGCUCGCGUCGCAAACUGUCUGCGCACUCCCUUCGGGCCCUCUCGGUAGCCGAGCAUUGGCUUGCUUACUCCUUCCCUCAGCGCAGCAUGCGCGCUCCAAUGCAACUCCCCUUUGAGGCGAGAGCUGAUGCAAGUGCGAAGGGUACUUCCACCAUCAUUGGCGGUUACGUCUGCCACCCAACUUUGGGCCAACUAUGGUUUAGCGAGUCUUUUUCCUUGCGAGACUUUCGUGACUUGGGGGUAUCGGUCUCUCCGGACAUGGCGAGCGAGAUCUCAUGCUAUGAAGCCCUCGCGCAAGGGGGGCUGAUAAUUGCGGCCUCGUCUCUCCUCCCGUCGUGCUCGGUGCCCAUCCGCUUGCCUUCCGCUUCGGAUAACACCGGGGCUGAAGCUGCCCUGAAUGCCUGCUUUACGACCCUCCCCAACCAGCGUCUGCGUCUGGACUUGCGUUCGCUCUGGCUUCCAAGACCUCACAUUGCAGUGUUCCCGCCCGAUACUCCUUUGCGCUGGCCCUUGCCCCGCCCCGACACAAACGCCGGCCAAGUUCAUCCAUCGGGCUAG